AUGGAAGUUCUUUGUUGUAUAUGCGAGUGUUGUUUCCCAGAUACCAAAAGAUCAGGUUUUUGGGCAUGCGUUUGUUGCAUUCUUAGUUGCUAUAGCAGCUAUUUAGAAAACAUAUAUGGGAGAAAGAAAAGAACAUUUAGAUUCUUGAAUUCAAUUCUUAUCUUAAUUUUAUCAAUAGUGGCACUAGUAUUAACCAAUAAGAUAUCACUUAAUGCUAAUCUCUCUACUGAAGAAUUAACAAAUAUAUUUUAAAAUUGGUAAAUUGGUGCUCUAAUUGAUAUUUAAAUAUUAGAAUAAUAGUGUCCAGAUAAAUAUGAAACACUUAGUAAUUAUUAAAUACCAUAAACAGAUCAUGGGUGUAUCUGUUUAAAUGAUUAAUAAAUCUUUAGGUAUGGAUGUGAUGAAUGGCGACUAAAUAGUGGAUGUUUUAAUUAAUAACCAAAAGGACCAAUAGAUUUGUUUUAAUGGGUUUAACCUUCUUAGAACUCUUUUUAAACAGUUUAAAUAUGUGGAUUAAGAUCUCAACUAAAAUUUUAUGACUUAUUAUAAAAUAAAAUAACAACAGAGGAAGAUUGUAGAGCUAAUGGUUACAAAAUAUGUAAAACAUAACAGCCUGAAAAUUUUUAAUGUGUCCUAGAAGAAGAAUCUUGUCCAAUUAGAGAUAUAAUUAUUACUUAAUAUCAACUAACAGAUUAUGAUGUGAGACAACAUAAUUAUAGUUUAAUUUAUGAUAAUGGAUUUAAUGUUUACAUAAGUCUGUAAAAAGAAACUACUCCAAUUAUAAAUAUGACUGUUGUUAAAGGAGAGGGUGUAUGUCUUAAUCAAAAUGAUUUGAGUUUAAAUCCUAAACUAUAUGAGGAUUAUAAAUUGUUAUCACUAAGACCAUCAUAUUGUUAAUUAGAUGAUACUUAUCAUUAAAUUUCAACAACGAAUGAAGAAGCAUUUUUUAAUUUUAACAAUGUUACAGCCCUAGUUCAAUCUGAAAGACCAUUGUAUAAUAUUAGUAGUGAUAUUGAAUAUUAAUUGCUUGCUUAAAAAUAGAUAUACUUUAGAUAAGACUGUAGAAUUGAUAGGUAAAAUUUACUAUAUAUAAUAGUUUUCAAUAUAUUAAAAAUCUCAAUUCAAGGAUUGAAAUUUAGAAGACUUUAAUUACAUGUUAAUAAACAUUUGCAGCUGUUUUAUUUAUAUAUAUAACUGUUUUAGUUUUAAAUGAACUGAAUCGUUGUUUUUAUGAUUGUUGUCCUAAAUGCUAUGCAAAGGCAUAAUUAAUCAUUAAAGAAAUACUAAUUUAUUUAUUAGGUGUAACUGUUAUUGUUAACUAUGCUUUAAUCUAUGAUUUAGUCUUAAACUUCGAAAAAUAACAUUAAUAAUAAUGUUUUCCAAUUAGUGCAUAAGAGAGGAUGAAUUAAAUACAGAUUACUUUGAGUGGUUUUAUUUUAUCUGAUUCUUAUUCUCUCCUCAUUAAUAUUUGUCUUAUGAUAAUAAUUGACUUUGCUAUGUCGACCUUUUAAUGUUUUAAAUAAUAUAAAAAAGAAUAAAGAUUAAAGAAAUAGUAAGAUAAUUAAAUACAUUAUUAAGAUUAACCCCCCUAACAAACUCCUAAUUAAAAUUUAAGCCCUUUUUAGAAUUAAAUCCCUUAUUAACAUUAAAUUCCUUAUUAAAAUUAAAUCCCUAAUUAAAAUCUUUAUUUAAUGUAAGAACAUAAAUAAAAUGA